GCGAGGUGCUGGACCUCAUCAGUGUUUGGGGGGGAGGAAGCUGUCCAGUCCCAGCUGUGCUCCAGCCAUAGGAAUUACGAUACCUUCAGGCAGAUAUCAAGAGACAUGAUGGAACAGGGCCAUGACCGGGACACCCUGCAGUGUAGGGUUAAAGUGAAGGAGCUGUGGAAUUCCUACCGCAAAGCCCUUGAAGCAAACAGCUGCUCCGGUACUGCCCCCACAACCUGCCAUUUUUACAAAGAACUGGACGCGAUACUUGAGGGCGACCCCAUCUCCAUUCUGAGUACCACCAUGGACACUGCAGAGCCCAGUCCAACAAGGCAGGAGGAGGAGGAGGAGGAGCAAAGCAGGAGCGAGGGUGCCGAGGAGGAGGAAGAAACCCCGGCAUCCCUAGAUGCAUGCAGCCAGGAACUGUUCUCAAGCCAGGCGGAAGGUAGCCAGUUGCGGUGGCCGGUGCUUGGGGAAGGACCAACACCAAAGGAGGCUCCCGAUGCAAUCUUGAGAUCUCCGCCAUCCAUGUUAUCACCAGCUAAGAGGCUGCAAAGAAUCAGGAAGAGGCCAUGUAGAAGCCAAGAGGACAUGCUGCAUGAAGUCAUGCAGCAGUCCCUUAAUGAAAAUUAAAAAGUGCAGGUGUGGAGGGAGAGUGAAAAGUGGGUCAGCCAGCAAAAUGCGGAUUGCCGGCACCAAAGCAGAGUGGCUGAUAAGCAUCAUGGAGCACCAAGCGGACUCGAUCCAGGCGCUCGUAGCCAUGCAGGCGGAGCACUACCGCCCCUGCCCCCCCUUGCAGCCCUUGGCCCAAAACUCUUUCCCUUGUGU